CAACGGCAGCCAGCAGAGCAGCACACAUCAGGAAAAUUCAGAAUUGAUUUUGCUCGGAAACGGUCGAUCCUGCAGAACUGGAAAAAAUUGGACUUUUUCGAGCAAAGUGAGCCUAGAAAGUGCUGAAAAUCCGUUUGAAAACGUGAAACUUCGCUGGAAUCGUACGGAUAGUGUUCGGUUGGCGACGGUGCGGUACCGAAAAAGUGAAUUUUGCUGCGUGGAAAAGAAAAAGGAAAAUUUUGAGGCUCUGCAGGAUAGCCUACCACUGGUAAAGGCAAAGCAGGAAAAGUACUGCAGGGGAUCUAGAACACUGGUGACACUGGUGAUAAAACCCUAUUUGGGAUAAGUAAUUCUUCAAUGGAUGUGAAAAAAAAACAACGAAAUGCGAUGAGUGCUAGAUCGAAGUUGGCUUGCAUAGAUGAUCUGUCAUAACGUGAUGUUUGACGGGUGUUUUGUUGCGGUUGUUUUCGAUUAGUAGAAUUUUGGUUGGCAUGAUCCAGAGAAAAUUAUCCAAUUUUCACCAAAUGCUCCCUUGCCUACCGUGGAGCGGUGUGAGUGUUGCGGCAUCGGUGUGAGAGAGUGUAUUCUACAAUAAAAGUUUGUGCAGUGUUUGGGUCACGCUGGCAGAGUAGCUGUGGCAGCAAGAAGGUGGAUAGUAGGAAAGGUUAUGUGCUAACAAAAUAGAGCAUUUGUGGGCCACCCGUGCAGCAGUGGUGAAGCAGAAGAAAACUCACAAAAAAUAUAGAUCUGAAAGAGUGGAAGCAAACGGCACCUCAGGAGAAAAAAAGGAUUAAAAAUUAAUUUCCGUUGGCCGCUAGCCAGAGCGAGGAUAUUUCUGCUGGCCACCACCGGGAUUUGCCGGGAGCUGCCAAGUAAGAAUCGUCCGCGCACGUACCUACCUACCCGGAGCUAGAGGGUGAUAUUUCGUAUUGCUGGGGUUGGUGACAAUAAAAAAUCAUUAUGACAACAGCAACCCGCAGCCAUUCACGUUUCACCGCUGCUGUCGGUAGCCAUGGGCAAAACUAGUUUAGUGGAACAACGACGAAGACGACGACGACGACGACGACGAGGGGUUGAUCUCAUCAUCAGCAGGCUCCACGAGAACUACGCGAUUCCUGCUAACGGCCUUAGUGCCUCAACGGCAUCGACGGUGGAACCCAUCCUUAUGUGCUAUUGAGUGAAUGAAUUUCUGGGUUAAGGCUAGCAGCGUCUCAAACGCCGAAGCUUCCUGAUAAGGACGGGAAGCAAAUGGGUCCGAAGAAGGGAAAGAAGGGCAGUCCGAGGCAUCGAACCGGUCCGCCACCGCCCGGACCGUCAUCGCUUUUCAUUUUCGCCGAGGAUAAUUUCGUUAGGAAAGCCACCAAAUUCAUUAUCGAAUGGCCACCCUUCGAGUACGGCGUCCUUUUGACAAUCAUCGCGAACUGCGUGGUGCUGGCCCUGGAGGAGCAUCUACCCCAGGGCGACAAGACGGUGCUGGCCCAGAAGCUGGAACUGACGGAAAGCUACUUUCUGUGUAUUUUCACGGUCGAGGCUGCCCUCAAAAUCGUCGCUCUCGGGCUGGUGCUGCACGCCGAUUCUUAUCUGCGUAACAUCUGGAACAUGAUGGAUUUUUUCGUGGUGUUCACGGGGCUCGUCACGUUGCUCCCUCUUCCGCUCGAAGUAGAUCUCAGAACGUUAAGGUCGAUUCGUGUGUUGCGACCGUUGAAAUUAGUUUCUGGAGUUCCUAGUCUACAAGUUGUGUUGAAAUCCAUCAUCAAAGCUAUGGCGCCGUUGCUACAGAUCGGACUCUUAGUCUUGUUCGCAAUCGUUAUAUUCGCAAUUAUAGGAUUAGAAUUUUACUCGGGUGCUUUGCACAAAAGUUGUUAUAGCUUAGAAAAUGCCUUGGAAAUUGUUGAAGAAGGUGACAUGCCGACGCCUUGCUACGACGACGACGACACAAUGAACGUCGAUCUGCCAGCCGGAGUGCACCUGUGCAACCACAACGAGAGCGCGUGCAUCGAGCAAUGGGACGGUCCCAACUAUGGCAUCACGAACUUCGACAACAUCGGCUUCGCCAUGUUGACCGUGUUCCAGUGCAUCACGAUGGAAGGUUGGACGUCAACCAUGUAUUGGACGAAUGAUGCCCUAGGCUCAACCUUUAAUUGGGUAUAUUUUGUGCCUUUGAUUAUUAUUGGUUCAUUUUUCAUGCUCAACUUAGUUCUCGGUGUCCUCAGCGGUGAAUUUGCUCGAGAGCGAGAAAAGGUCGAAAAUCGACAGGAGUUUCUGAAGCUGCGCCGUCAGCAGCAGCUGGAAAAAGAGCUGAAUGGGUUCGUCGAAUGGAUCUGCAAAGCCGAAGAAAUCAUUCUGGCAGAGGAUCGCACAACCGAUGAGGAACGGAUGUACAUAAUGGAAGCCCGGAAGAAGGCGGCCGCAAAACGGAAAAAGCUGAAAAACCUAGGCAAAUCGAAGUCUUCCGAGACGGAUGACGAAGAAGCCACCACCGAGUCCGGAGACGAGGGUAUCCUCAAGAAGGAGAAGAAACCAGCCAAGUCCGGUUUCUGGCAGGCCGAGAAGCGUUUCCGCUAUUGCAUUAGGCACACGGUGAAAACGCAAUGGUUCUACUGGUUCGUGAUAGUGCUGGUGUUUCUGAACACCAUAUGCGUGGCGGUGGAACACUACGGGCAGCCACCGUGGCUGUCGAUGUUUUUAUACUACGCCGAAUUUGUGUUCCUAGGCUUAUUCAUGUGCGAGAUGUUGAUCAAGAUCUACGCGCUCGGACCACGCAUCUACUUCGAGUCGGCCUUCAACCGGUUUGAUUGCAUCGUUAUCGCUGGUUCAAUCUUCGAGGUGGUUUGGUCCGCCUACAAAGAGGGUUCCUUCGGUAUUUCCGUACUGCGAGCCCUCCGGUUGCUGCGUAUCUUCAAGGUCACCAAGUACUGGUCCUCGCUUCGUAACUUGGUUAUCUCUUUGCUCAGUUCUAUGCGUUCGAUUAUCUCGUUGCUGUUUUUGCUCUUUCUGUUCAUACUGAUAUUCGCGCUGCUCGGAAUGCAGCUGUUCGGAGGGCAGUUUAUCCUCCCGGAAGGCACACCACCGACUAACUUUAACACGUUCACCAUCGCACUACUCACCGUGUUCCAGAUCCUUACCGGUGAGGACUGGAACGAGGUCAUGUAUCUCGGAAUCAACUCACAGGGCGGUCACAAGAGCGGGAUGGUCUACUCCCUGUACUUUAUCAUCUUGACAUUGUUCGGUAAUUACACACUGCUGAACGUAUUCUUGGCUAUCGCUGUCGACAAUUUAGCGAACGCACAAGAACUAACCGCAGCAGAAGAGCAGCAGCAGGAACGAGACAAGGAGAAACAGCAGAUGGAACUGGAGAAGGAGAUGGAAGCACUUCAAAAAGCCAAAGAUGGUACACCUACAACGGAGGAGGUGGAAGCGGAGAAAGAGAAGGAAGCUAAGAAAGACGAAAAGAAGGAAGAGGACGAGGAAGAACAAACGGAAGGCCCGAAACCUAUGCUGCCGUACUCUUGUAUGUUUGUCUUUUCAUCGACCAAUCCAAUGCGACGCGCGGCUCAUUGGGUGGUCAAUCUGCGAUACUUCGAUUUUUUCAUCAUGAUCGUCAUCUCGUUGUCAUCGAUUGCACUGGCUGCCGAAGAUCCUGUCCAGGAGAAUGCUCCACGGAAUCUGGUACUGAACAAUGUGGAUUACGCUUUUACGGGAGUGUUUGCGAUUGAGCUACUGCUGAAGGUCAUCGAUUUGGGGGUGAUUCUUCACCCGGGUAGCUACCUGCGCGAAAUUUGGAACAUCAUGGACGCCGUAGUGGUCGGUUGUGCGGUCGUCAGUAUAGGAUUCGACAUCAGCGGCAGUGAUGCCGGAGCCGAUCUGUCCACAAUCAAGUCCCUUCGGGUGCUUCGCGUACUGCGCCCUUUGAAAACAAUCAAACGAGUUCCGAAACUCAAGGCGGUCUUCGAUUGCGUCGUCGGUUCGCUGAAAAAUGUCAUCAACAUUCUGAUUGUGUACAUUCUGUUCCAGUUCAUUUUCGCUGUCAUCGCGGUACAGUUAUUCAACGGAAAGUUCUUCUACUGUACCGACGACAGCAAACACAAUUUCCACGACUGCCAAGGUUCGUAUUUCGUUUUCGAAGAUGUGGACGGACUACCACGUGCUGCCAAACGGGAAUGGAGAACCCAGUACUUCAACUAUGACAAUGUAGCAACCGCCAUGUUGACGUUGUUUGCUGUGCAAACCGGCGAAGGAUGGCCACAAGUUCUCCAGAAUUCGAUGGCAGCUACCUACGAGGAUGAGGGACCAAUACAAAACUUUCGCAUCGAAAUGUCCAUCUUCUACAUCGUGUACUUCGUAGUGUUUCCAUUCUUCUUCGUGAACAUUUUCGUUGCCUUGAUUAUCAUCACAUUUCAGGAGCAGGGAGAAGCGGAACUGCAGGACGGUGAAAUUGAUAAGAACCAGAAAUCCUGUAUCGACUUCACGAUCGGUGCCCGACCACUGGAACGGUACAUUCCCACCAAACAUUCCGGAUUUAAAUACACCGUAUGGCGAAUCAUCGUAUCGGCACCCUUCGAAUACUUUAUUAUGUCACUGAUUGUGUUCAAUACUCUAUUGCUUAUGAUGAAGUGUCACGACCAGAACAAAAAAUUAGAAAACUUCAUGAAGUACCUCAACAUGAUAUUCACCGGGAUGUUUAGUGUAGAAACGGUUCUUAAAAUAAUUGGAUUUGGAGCAAGGAACUUUUUCAAAGAUGCGUGGAAUGUUUUCGACUUGAUCACCGUAAUUGGUAGUAUAGUGGAUGCACUCAUUCUACUUCUUUGGGAAAAUUCUUUCAACGUUGGAUUUUUGCGAUUGUUCCGAGCUGCCCGUUUGAUCAAACUGCUCCGUCAAGGUGAUACCAUCCGCAUUCUGCUGUGGACUUUCGUUCAAUCUUUCAAAGCACUGCCUUAUGUAUGCUUGCUGAUAGCGAUGCUGUUCUUUAUCUAUGCAAUCAUUGGAAUGCAGGUGUUCGGGAAUAUAGAAUUAGAUGCGGAUACUGCCAUCAGUCGUCACAAUAAUUUCAGAUCGUUCCUGGACGGUCUGAUGUUGCUGUUUAGAUGUGCAACGGGAGAAUCGUGGCCAAAUAUUAUGUUAGCGUGUCUAAAAGGAAGACCGUGUGAUCCGCGCGCUGACAAACCAAACGAGACCUGCGGAUCGACCCUGGCCUACGGAUAUUUCGUAUCCUUUAUUUUCUUCUGUUCAUUCUUGAUGUUGAAUCUGUUCGUUGCCGUUAUUAUGGACAACUUCGACUAUCUGACGCGAGAUUCCAGUAUUCUGGGAGCCCAUCAUCUGGACGAGUUUGUUAGAAUUUGGGCAGAGUACGAUCCGUCGGCUUCGGGUAAACUGCAUUUCACCGAAAUGUUUGACAUGUUGAAAAACAUGGCCCCACCGCUGGGUUUUGGACACAAAUGUCCGAAUCGGUUGGCUUACAAGAAAUUGAUACGAAUGAACAUGCCGGUGGACGAGGAAGGCAGAGUCAGUUUCACGACGACGUUAUUCGCGUUGAUUCGCGAAAAUCUCAGUAUAAAAAUGCGACCUGCCGAAGAAAUGGAUCAAGCCGACAGUGAGCUAAGAGGGACCAUCAAACAAAUUUGGCCUAUACAAGCAAAGAAAAUGAUAGAUCUGUUGGUACCUCCGAAGGAUGUGUUGAACACUGGAAAAAUGACGGUAGGGAAACUUUAUGCCGGAAUCUUGCUGCUGGAGACGUGGCGCAACAACAAGUGCAUACAGCUGGAGUGCGAUGCACCAGAUCUGCAGGAUCGCAAGAGUCACGAAAUUCAGGAAGCGUACAUCGACGAUGGACAUCUGCAUCCCCCGCACGACCAUCGGAACGGACAUCGAAGGUCACCUAGUAUACAACGUGGCUCCGCGCUGGAACGAUCGCCUAGCCCGCGACAUCUGCAUCACGAUAUUGGAUUUUCGGAGACAGUGUCCAAUGUGGUGGAGAUUGCACGUAGGGAUCACAUUAUUGGUAGGCACCACUAUGGGCGCUAUAGAUUCGAUAGAGGUUCCUGGUCCGUAGCCACCAGCCCGGCACGCUCACCCUCGCCGACGAGGCUGGAUACACAGAUCAGUGCCCAUCAUCGCCAUAACCGAAGGAUACACCCGUACGGGACAACGAGUCUGUGCCAACGGUCACGGUCGCCCAGUCCAGCCCGUUUACAGGAGCUGAGGGAACGGGAGCGCGAGCGAUUCAGAGAGGAAGUUUUAACGCGCCCAUACAUCCAGCACACUUAUCCAGUAUUACAAUCACACAGAGAUUUCGGAAGAAGACUGCCACCAAGACCAAUUAAACCAACAACGUUACAGUUAAAGUCAACUAAUAUUAAUUUCCCGCGGUUAAACACUAGUCCUACGCAUCAGAGUCUCCAUCUAUCGCUAAAUACUCACUCGUUGCCAUACGGUGUUCAUUCAUUGCCUAAUUCGCGUGGCGAAAUUUCGCGCGAUCCUCGUAUCUACCAUCACACGGAAAGCGAGCGGGACCGAGAGCGGGAACGGUUACGCGAACGGGAACGGGACUACGGUUCACGGUACGUGUUCCGAGACACGGAACGGGAGCUGUUCGAGAUUGAGCGAGAACUGGAGCGGGCGCGGGACUCCGCCCGAGAUACGGAUUACGAAAGGGUCGAACCCCUUUCGUACGAGCACCUGUACAAUCUGGGCCGAACCGGUGGUAGUACCGUCGGAUCUACGACCCUGAACGGUUACAAACCCAAGGUGGGCAUGCAUUCGAUCUACUCCGAGUCGGACGAAGGCGAUUGGUGCUAGCACAGGUUGUCGGAGAGUACACGAAUUCCGAGGGCCAAUAUUGGAUAUGCGGACGCUUCGAACCGAAGCAACAACGACACAACGACCCGACAGGACAACGGAACAUUGCGCACUCAAUCAGCUAGCAGAAGCAGAUACGGAAACUACUACAAUCACUUCGAUGACGUCAAGACUACAGUGAGAGCAGCGGGGGCUUCCCUCGGACGGCUGCGCAACCUAGUGAUAGCGGUAUAAGUAGCAAGUAAUUAACACGAGCGGACUAUCGUCAUCAUCCUACUAAGGAUCGUAUCGUACUCGUAUCGGUAACGGAUACGAUUGUUCCGGUAGAGAGUUGCGGGAUCAUCGGCCAGCAGCACUAACCCUGAAUGCUACGUUCGUCCGCAAGCUCCGCAAUUCGUUGCCACAUUUUCGAAUACUCGAUGCAACUCCGCAAAUUCGUUUUGACUGCUUGCUUCAGUUUAUAGGAUAUUAAUAAGAUUUGAAAUGAAGAAACAAACAAAAAAAUACAUCGCAUAUAAAUUACAAUUCAAAACGAUCCAUCCAAAAAAAUCGAAAACGAGAAAAUUAACUAAAAAUUUAAUAGCAACAAAUGAAAUUUGACGACGAAGAUGAGGUAGCAUAGGCUAGCAAAACAUGAAACUGAGUGAAAUAAUCUUCAUCUAGCAAACGUAUUUUGAUAUACAUUCAAUUUAAUUUGACUACAAUGAAAAGCGAAAGAGGCAUCAAUGCUGGAGGAAGCUACCAACUUUUCAAUCUUUCAUAACUUAAGAAGAAGAUAAAUAAAUCGAUUUAAAUACUCAUCCAAACGGUAAACCAAAUCUGGUCUAGUUUUACGGAAUUGUUGUCGCUUAUUCUUAUCUCUAAUUGGACAACAAUAAAAUGACGGUAGAUUGGUUUGAGUCCGAUUCAACCGCGACUUGAUUGGACAGAAACAUUCUGGCCGAAUCAAUCGUGAAGUUCUACUAGAGAGUUUUCCGUUCUUUUGAAUAAGUCCGUUCACACUAAAUUCAUCUUCACAAUCGUUAGGUGAUAAGUUCUAGAUUAAAUUGAAGCGAAGCUAUUUGUACGAUUUCGAUCAUUUACUUAGGAACAGUAGGGCUAACAACUUCAUGCGUGCAAUAAUUCGUCCAUCAGUGCAAGUUGCGUUAUUCGUAUCAGGAUCGGGCUUUGUUUUUACUGAAAAUACUAGCAAUGAUAGAGUAGGCAUGUUUCUAGGCUGUAAGGUUAGGAUCAAGUGCACAAAACCAAACAAAAAGAAUACUUAGAAAACUUUGAAAUAAUAAAAGUAUAAAAUCAUCGCAGGUUGUUACAAAUCAGUAGGAAUUGAAUGGUUAUCGAAGAGGCAAUUUAUCUCAUAUAUAGGUAUAAUGUAUAUUUUUAGAUUCAAAGAAAAGAUUUUGUUACAAAAGUUUACUAUAGAAGCAUAUCCCAGAUGUUUUGUUGUUUCACAGAGCACGUCUCAUAUUUUACUCUAUGGAUCCAGAAUAUAUCUAUUGUUCAUCGCAUUGCGAUAUAAUUACAUUAUGAGAUCUAGUCAUUAAAUACUUUGGACGGAUUCAGUUGAAGUUACAAACAAGUAAACAGUUAGCAAUCCAAACUUGAAAUUUAUUAGUUUUUCACUAUCACGUUGAAAAUUUAACAGAUAUUUACGACCGCCGUUAAUGGCUGUCGAUUGGAUGCUACAAUAGCUUGGCGGUGCCAAAGAUGUUAACUACCAAAGCAUUCGUGGAAGAAGUUUUAGGAGUUCCGGGAAACCUGAAAUAUUACCAAUUUGACAAACUGAACUAUCACUGUCCUAUUGCGUUCUUCGUUCCAAACGUUGUCAUCCCAGAGAUAGAGGUUUCCAAAAAGAUUCUGGGUUGUAGUUACUUCGAUGUAUCAUAUUUUAGUAACUUUUUAAAGGCAAAUGCCACAGAUUUGCAUUGUAUCGAUGAAAGAAUGAGGACUGAAACUCUUCUGAUUCUCUCUGCAGACGUAAGUUGGUUUAAUCUUGCCAUAGACGAACGAGUGACGGUAACAUUGAUACUCUCUUUUUAUGCAAUGAGAGGCGAAAAUGCUUCGUCUCUCUUCGUUUGUUUUGGAUGCGGUCAUUUACGAAUGUGACAGUAUUAAACGAAUAUGAAUCUGUUGGACUGGACUCUUUCAUUGAGCAUGCGUGAUAAUUUUAGGCUCUGGUAGAAACAUUACUACUCAGUGAAAUUUUGUUUAGAGAAACAGAACAGCUUAUUAUAGUGACUAACUUUUUGUUUGUCUCAUGAUUGUUACAAAAUUGAUAAUUUCAGGUAAGGUAACUGUUUUUUUUUUGUUUUGAUUAUAAUAUUAUUGUUAUAGAGGUUUUAAUCUUAAAGUUAUUCAUCUCUUCGGUCCAGAAAAAUCUUCUGACCCUAUGUGCGGGGUUGGGAAUCUCGAACCCAGAUGGGCUGCGUGAAAGACAUCGCCUAACCCAUCACGCUAUAGCCGUCAUUCUAGGUAACUAAUUUCUCUUGUUUCCUUCGUACCCUUUUAUUAAAGUUCAUAUAACUGCUUAUUAAGCUUAUCCCGAAUUCUGAAUAAGUUAUAUUUCAAAUAGAUUUUCCUAGUUGAUUCAAUUUAUUAGAAACAAAUAUUAUUGAUAUUCACUUCGAACUUUCUCUGGUUGCGACCAGUUUUCCGAAGAAUCAGUCUUGCUUCACUUCAAACAAUCAAAGACCGCCCUUACACGGAACCGCAAAACCACCUAAUUUUAAGUACAUUCCACACAAUUUGGAGGUUCCGUUCAAUAACCUAAUCUUAGGUAAAGUGGCUCUAGGUAAUUUCCGCAAGGCACAUGCAAAAAAUUCACCUAAAUUCACUUCACUCGAUUUACACCGUGAAGUGAUACCCAUAAUAAGGGUCACAGUCACUUAACUUUGUUUUCACCGUGUAAUAAGGGCCAGCUUAUUGAACGAAGCUCUCGCUGUUGGGCGAUUUUGCUAUUUGUAUUUUGAGAACAAUGGAAGGAGCGAAUGAAAGAAAAGAUUCAAAAGAACUCAAAAUUCAGUAAAAAGAAGUCAAAUAAUAGGUAGUUUUUAUUUUCCGUAUACAAUCAAACAUUACCCGCACGUUUGUCUACCUGGGCAGCCAUGGCCACCAGACGGCUACCAAAAUUGAUUCAGUGACAGUGAGAUACAAGCGACUUUGUUUGACAAAACAAAGUCGCUUGUAUCUAAGUUAGCCGAGCGUUUUCAUCUUCUCACCUUCGCUGAAAAUGUCAAAGAUUCCAAUGUGGAAAAAUCCUGGUGGAUACGGUUGUAUCGUUUGAGUUGUAUAUCUGGCAGCGGUGAGGCAGUCGGUCACCAGAAUGUCUGCCAGCCAUAUUUUUCCAGUUGACAGCGUUUAGUCAGCCAUCUGGCAGCCAUGCGUAUGCGGGUUGGUAACGAAAAGUGUAAAAAACAGAGAUGCCAGGUCUACAGAUUUGUCUGUAAAUCUGCAGAUUUCGUGUAUAGUGGUGCAAACAUUGUUUGUUGCUGACUUUUUCUGCAGACUUUUAAAAAUCGAGUUUUUCGCAGACUUUCGUCAAAAUUUACAGACUUUUGAAAUUGCCGCAAUAUUUUUUGCUCGCCAAGUCAGUUGAGCGUAUCAUACUUUCUAGAGAAAUUGAAGCCUGCAGACAAUUUUUUUCAGAUUUAUUGUCUUUUGCAACCCCUGUCUGAUGAUAUUUGAAAUUGGUAUUCCUUUGUAGCUUAAAUACUAGAGAGGUGCGUCGAGUUUUUCCUCACAUACAUCCAUCCGCUCACAUUGACUUCAGAUUAAAAAGAGCUUGCAUGGCUUUCAGCCAACGCAGACGAGCUUUUGGACCAAUUUUGACAUAUGGAUGUCGUUUAUGUGACAGAAAGGAGAAGUUUUGACAGUUCAGUCAAAGCUAAAUCAUCUCCAAAGGAUUGUUCUAAUGGCAAUGAAAUUAGUAUUCACGACAACUCCCACUACUACUCUAGAGACGCUACUGUGCAUUCAACCACUACAUGUGUUCCUAAAACAAAAAGCAUUGUCGUUUGCAUAUCGUCUCAAGGUUAAAGGGCUUUGAAAAAGUAACCUCAUAGACUAUACUACUUGCCACGUUCGCUUAUGGUCUCAAAUGGUUACCUGAGAUGAGUAUUUACUCGCUCCUAGUGACCUAACUCUUACAUGCAGUUUUCCUUUCAAAAUAUUCAAUGUUAGAUACCCUCUUCGUGAUAAAUGGUUGUCUGGUUAUUUGAAAUGACAACUUGAUGAACACAUAGUUUGUUUUACGGACGGUUCUCUGUUGGAUGGCCGUGCUGGUGUCUACUGUCGUGAAAUGAUGCUAGAGCAGUCUCAUUCACUUGGUAGAUACUGUACUGUGUUCCAAGCAGAAAUCUACGCGAUUCUGUGUGGAAUACAAUCGGCACUUCAGCAGAGAAUCUGUGGUAAGCGAUUUUAUUUUCGUUCCGAUAGUCAGGCGUCUUUGAAGGCACUCAGUUCGAAUGUGUGUAUGGGGAGCUAGAUUUGAAGGAUAUUCUAUCGUUUCUUACCCAAUGUGGUAAGGAGCUAUAGUCAGAGGGGUUCAUCGUUCUUUCAGGAGUGAAUUAAUCCUUUCUCUUUUUAGCUUGAAAAGUUUUAGCAAAGGUUUGAUACCCACUAGGAACAGAUUUUAAAAUUUGAUAGUAUUCAAGAUACUGAGGCAAAAAAAAUUCCAACAGGUUCCAUCAUUUUACCAAGCACUAAAAUUCAAUACAACCUAUGAUCAAUAUUCCGAUGCUCAUUAUCUUGAGAUUUCUGGGAUGACAACGAAUGAUAGUUCCGCAUCUAGGCUAAAACUCUAAACACCAAUUUAUUUUUUCUGAACCAUUCAAAAUAGUAUGAACGUUCAUUAAGGAAUUGCCAAACACAAAAGCACAACCCGUAAAGCUUUAGUUCAGCGUUUCAAGUGUACAUAGUAGAAAAUCUUUCGACCAUCUGAUGUCAUAAGCCGAGCCGUUUCUGUUCACAACACCAACUAGGAGUUGAAGCUUUAACUUGGUUCAGUAGGAAAUCAACACCGAAUAUAGCGUAAAUGGGAGAGUUUUGAGUGUUCUAUGAGUUGGGCCAUUUUAGCAAACAAUUGUUACGUUUCUCUCCAAGUAAGUCGCCAAGCUUAGUAAAAGCUCUAAAUAAACACAGAAAGUAACCAAGCAGUGAGAGUGGCAGUUAAACUACAAUCUUCGCAAAGAAUCCAGUUUUUUAUACAACAUCGCCUACAUACAGGCAAAGCAUAAACCGAUACAAAAGCAAAGAUUGAAGCUACACCAAGUGAUACAUUACCAGUUUAACAACGUUAAAAUUUAAGCGCGCAUAGAUAAAUCAUUUACCGAGUUCAAACAGUUUCAAAUCGCAACAUUUUAUUCCAUAGCAGUGAUUGGGACUUAUAUGCAAACAAAAAAAAACUCAAACUAGUUAAAAAUUUAUAAAAUUAUUAGACUAGAAUAGCCAUUGUCUGUACAUACUAGAAGAGGUAAGAUAAAAGAUUUUACUAACUAAUUCAAACUGCUUCUAUUUUGCGAAAAUUUUCUAUCAGUAGGUGAAAUCAAUCCUUAGUCAAGUAUAGGAAAAAUAUCGAUUUGAAUUUAAACUUAAGUUGGUGUCAACAUUCUAAAUUCAUUGAAUCGACCACAAUAACCUACUCAACUGAAUGAAAUUUACUUUACUGAUAUUGAAAAAUAUUCUUCGUGAUUUACUCACACCGCAGAUAACAGAUAUCCAAGCUCCCAUUCUGUGUGUAAAAUUUGGAAUGAUCUGUCUGGCGAACACUUGUAGAUGUCACCGCGAUCGCCACUGUGUCAGGUCAGGUGAUGCAAUUCCAUCACGACAAAUUUUAGUUUUAAUGUAGGUUGUUAUUGCAAGUUUGUUAUUAUUCUGAUAGAAAUGUGAUUUAAACGACCUAGCAGUAAAAUGCAAUAUUGAACUCUUGUGAGAAUCAUGAGAGAACCAUUCCAAUCGUUGUAGUUGGAACAUUUAUGUAAUAGACAAGAAAAUAUGGUUUUGUAAGAUUGAGGAAAGCAGGUGAGUAGGUGGCAGUGGGAAACCUCGUAUUUCCACCGUAUAGCAAAUUAAAAAUUCACACAGCUCAAGCCUGGAUAUUUGUUAUCUGUGCCCACACAAACACACACUCAUCUGCUGAAUUCGACAUAACCUUAAAGGAAAACGAUCCUCAUUGCUCGUCAAUGCAAUUCGUUCUCGAUACUUCGCCAAGUAUGUAAGCACACUAACCAUUUGCAGAAUGAAAAGAAAAAGAAAGAAUAACAAACUGCCACUAAUCUUACUACUACAUAAAAUAAAACCUACGGAAUGUAAGGCUAGCUGAACGGUCCCAGAAACUAAGCAGGUCAAUCCUACAUUACUCCGAUAUGAGAAAAUUCUACACGAAUAAAUAAAGCAGACACAGACAUAAUUAUUACUCAAAUGAAUCGAACUAGGCAGAGCGAACACGAACCGACCGACUUCCGAAUGUAAUCAACUUACGAGUGAAAUUCUACUAAAAACUCGUUUCUCGAAAUUAUCACAAAAGAAGCAUCUUUAUUUUCUUUUCCUCCUACUACUAACAUACUACUACUAAUACUAUUACUACUCAUACAGACACACUCACACACGAACACGAAAUGCAGUCUAAAAUGUGAUGUUUACUACAAAGUUUAUACUAGAUUGAUAUGAACUAAAUGAACGAAAAUCAGCUGGAGGUCGAUUCGAACCGAUUUUGAAGGACAAACAAGUUAAGGAGCAAAACGUAGUCGAAGGGAAAAUAAAAACGAAAAAAACAAAAACAAAAAACCACACGGCACAGCCGAAGAGAGCAAUCGGAAUACGGAUCCUUAUUUGCUACGACCAUUUUGGGGCGUCCUCCAAGCAAACCAUUAUUUAUAUAUUUACAUUAGGUACAUACAACUCAAAGCUAGCAAAAUUUAAACGUAAUCGAAUGAAAGCAUUACUCGCACAUUUGUAAAUUUUUCACUAUUUUAUAUUACGCAGUGUACAUUAAAACCGAAUGGAAAAAAGCGCAUUGAAGUCAAAUUGCAUUCAGAGAGAAUUAAAAAAGAAAACAGAAUAGUUCUAACUAGAA